CACUGUGUUGUUCUGACAGUUGGCCAAGCCUCAAAAGAAGAAGAAGAAUAACAGUGGCGUAAAAAUAACCAAUAAUUUAUACAAGAAGCCAUUAAAACAAAACAAGAAAAUAAUUUUAUAUAAUGGUUUAUUUACAUUUUCCAUCGAAUUUAACUGAAGAAGAGUUAAUGCUUCAGGCAAAAUAUAACAAACUAAAACGUAAGAAAAAGGCCCUUCAAGAUUUAAAGUCUCCUAAACUAGAACCUGAACGCAUACCUCAAACACCGAAGAGAGCAACAGAGGCAAGAGAUGCUCGAGAAGUAGCAAAAAAAUUAAUAAAAUCUGGUGUUAUUACAGCACCUAAAACUCCAAAACGUUCAGAACAAGCCUUUAAAAGACCUCGAGGACUAGAAAGAAAAUUGAAUAGUACAGAAAAAACAAUAUCUUCUUAUCAGCCGUUUUCAGCAAAUCAGACCGAAGAGGACGAAGUUGAAACGUCCAGAGCAAGAGUUAAAGACUUAUAUGACAGUUUUGUAAGUGCACAAGAUACUGAAAGUAAAACUUCAGUUGAAAAACCUUCUAUUGUGAAGACUGAACCUAAACAUAGAGGUGGGAAUACAAUAUUUGUAUGUGGUUACAAAAUUUCUGAAGACUUUUUGAAACGACAUUUUCAAACUUUUGGAAAUAUUGUAAAUAUAUCAAUGGAAACUGAAAAAAAUCGAGGAUUUAUAACUUUUGAUAAAACUGAUGCUGCAGAAAGAGCAAUUAAUGAAAUGGAUGGUAGUAUGGUUUCAUCAAUUCAAUUAAAAGUAUCAUUGGCAAGGAGACAACCAAUAAUUGAACCAAUGAACGAUGCAACUUCCAGUUCCAUGUGGUCUUCAGCUGCAGCUAAUUAUUCGCAAAAAAGUGCACACAAAGACAGACGAGAUCUUAAGAUCUAUGACGAAGAAAUUUUUCAGUAGUCCAGUUUCUUAGAAAUUUAAAUAACAAUGUUACUAUAAUAAAUAAAUAUAUAAUUUUUACCUUA